GCUUUUCAGCUGCACGACAUGAUUGGACUCAAGGGAUGUCUGAAUGUAAUCGAUAACUCGGGUGCUCUUCUCGUAGAAUGUGUCAACGUGCUCAAGCAAAAGGGUGACGAAAUCGCACGUCCAAUAUCAGAAGCCGCUCAAGCGUCUGCCACUGCUGUUAAAGUGCGACGUGGUGACGUGCGACGCGCCAAACCUGUUCGCAGACCCGACGGUCGUUUCAUCCGUUUCGACGACAACGCAGUCGUUUUGCUAAACAACAAGCGGGAGAUGCUGGGUACCCGCAUAGGUGGCGUUGUUAGUGCAGAUCUGAGAAUGAAAGGAUGGCAUUCUACUCGUUUUGCCUCCCUUCCCCCCUGGUGUUUAAGGUGAUGCAUAGGUCGUUUGAAUUGCGCGGGCGGCCCCGACUACCCACCCAUGAGAUAUCCCAAGUGUCCUUAUACCUAAAGCCGGUGUCCUGAUUGACCUUGAAUCGUUUGGGACUUUCCCCAAACUCGACAUUCCGAUGACGGUCUCUAGAGGAAUCGCCCGUCGGCAUCUUCGAGUACAAUUGUAAUCGCCCCAUCGAAUAGUGGAGCGACAUCAAACGCCUAAAUUCGCUCGUGCCUUUGUCAAACUCGUCUAGACUGUAACGUAUGACUCUCAGCAGGGGAACAUCCGUGUUCGCAAGGCAGGUGUGAAUGCUUUGAUACUGGGUGGUAUUCCGAGUGUCUUGGUACUAGAAUUUAGUAUUGGGGAUCGAGCUCAAUGUCGCUUUCCAUCUUGUUAGUAUGUAGGAUCAGA